ACUUCCCUGUGAAACCGAACGUGUCGUGUCCCACCGCCAGCUCUCUCUCCAAGCAUGCUCCCCUUCCAGGCAGCGCCAGGUCAGUUUGGUCCAGAGGUCCGCGAGCCGGGCCUCAGAGUGUGGAGGGUGGAGAAGAUGAAGGCCGUCCAGCUGGAUCCCUCCGAGGUGGGAGCCUUUUACAACGGGGACUCCUACCUGGUGCUGGAGAACCGUGGUCAACUGGGAGCCGACCUCCACAUGUGGAUCGGUGAGAAGUCGUCCAGGGACGAGCAGGUGGCGUGUGCCAUGCUGGCCACCCAGCUGGACAACUUCCUGGGCGGUGACCCCGUUCAGCACAGGCACGUUCAGGGCUACGAGGCCCCGGAGUUCAUGGCUCUCUUCCCCAGAGGGAUCAGCUACAAGGAGGGUGGUGUGGAGUCGGGCUUCAGGAGGUCUCAGGGCUCUGGGACGGUGCAGAGGUUGUACCAGAUCAAAGGGAAACGCAACAUCCGUGCCAAGGAGGUGGAGCUGUCCUGGAGCAGCUUCAACAAGGGAGACUGCUUCAUCCUCGACCUCGGGGAGAUCAUCGUGUCGUGGAUUGGCUCGCAGGCCAACAUCUUCGAGAAGCAGAAAGUGCGGGAGAUCGCCUCGCUGAUCCGUGACACGGACAGACACGGAAAGGCCCGAAUUGUGGACACCAGCGAGGGUGAGGAGCCAGAGGAGAUGCUCAAGGUCCUGGGACCGAUGCCAGAGCUGGCAGAGAGCACGCCCGAAGAGGACAGCAAAGCAGACGCCUCCAACUCUGCCUCCCUCUACAAGGUGUCCGACGCCACGGGUUCCAUGACGACGACCAAGGUGUCGGAGAAGAGCCCGUUUGGCAAGGAGCUGCUGGUUCGUGACGACUGCUUCAUUCUGGACAACGGCGCCAACGGAAAGAUCUUCGUCUGGAAAGGUAACGGAGCAAACGCUGAGGAGAAGAAGGUUGCCCUGCAGAUGGCAGAUAAAUUCAUCGACCAGAUGCAGUACAACAGGAUGAAAACGCAGGUGGAGAUUCUGCCACAGGGGAAGGAGACCAUCAUCUUCAAGCAGUUCUUCAAGAACUGGAACUAAACAUUUUGUGGGAUCGUUUGAGAAGAAGCUGCAUUACUGACAAACUGACAGCAUCUGACGCAGGAUCUCAUUUUUUUUAUACGCAUUUGCUUGUAUGUACAUAUUUGUUAAGGUGCCGUGCUGACGGAGCACACUGUCACUUGUUUUAGACUUUUAUAUACGCAAGUUUCUUCUUGAGCGAUUAUAAAGAUAUGAAGAGAUAAAUAAAGAGCUUUAGGUAAAUGAGUUUGGACUUCUUUUUUUCUUUUUUUAUAUUUGUUCUAUUGUCACAGAUGUGCCUGCAUUUGAAAAAAUAAAAAUAAACCUGCUACUUGUA